GACCAGAGACUGCGGACAUAGUACAGGAGAUGACCAGAGACUGCAGACACAGUACAGGAGAUGACCAGAGACUGCAGACACAGUACAGGAGAUGACCAGAGACUGCGGACAUAGUACAGGAGAUGACCAGAGACUGCGGACACAGUACAGGAGAUGACCAGAGACUGCGGACACAGUACAGGAGAUGACCAGAGACUGCAGACAUAGUACAGGAGAUGACCAGAGACUGCGGACAUAGUACAGGAGAUGACCAGAGACUGCAGACACAGUACAGGAGAUGACCAGAGACUGCGGACAUAGUACAGGAGAUGACCAGAGACUGCAGACACAGUACAGGAGAUGACCAGAGACUGCAGACCUUUGGGGACGGAGGGGAGCGGGUACCUGAAUUUGACAGGUACCCACUCUCACUUCCGCGGAGUUGUCCUUCCCUUUUCUUCCCGAGCCGGCUUCUGUGACAGCCGGUUUCCCACUGCGCAUGCGCGAGAAGCGCUGCACUUUGUGAAUGGCUCAGCGUCUUCUGGGACCUCUCAUGUGUCCCAGAAGACGCCGGACCAUUCAAAAAGCGCAGCGCUUCUCACGCAUGCGCAGUGGGCACCCGGCUGUCACAGAAGCACAGCGCUGGACCGAGGAACAGGUAAGGAGAGAACAGCUUAGCGGCCGACCCGGUAUUCUGACACAGUGGCAGUGGCGGAAAUACAGGAGGACUGGCUGCUCCAUAUUCGUUCCAUAAGACGCACUGACAUUUUCCCACUUUUUUUUUGGGGGGGGGGAGUGC